UCACUUAUAAAUAUAUCCAUAAGCUUUAGAGAUACCCACUGGGAGGUGAAUAUAUAAUUGUCUAUAAUUGCAAUGGAUUUAAAUUGCAACUACUUCAAGAUACUUUUAUUCGUGUGUUUUGUACAACUUAGUUUAUCAAAUAAUCAGGUGGAUGCAAAAAAUCAUUCAGUAAUGGAGAAAUAUAUCGGUGAAUAUUAUGGAAAAUACGAUGUUCAGGACUAUCCUCAAGGUUUAAAAAACUACACAGAAGUGUACGAACUAGACAAAGAAAGAGAAAUGCCUAAACUGAUAAUCAAAAAGAUAGGAAAGCAUAAAAAGAAAUGGAAGAAAACGGAAGAAAAGGAGAAAUACAUCAUGAUGAAGAAGAAAAAAAUAUCUAAGAAUAAAAUGAAACGAAAGAAACCUGCGAAGUUUGUGAAAACAGUUAACGAUAAGAAUAAAGAUUCAAAUAUGUCCGGAUCUAAAGAAGUCGACGAUGCAGGACGUAAGCCUGAUAUUGUAGUGCAUAUAUUAAAAUGA